AUGAGUGAUUCGGGAGAGCCUUCCAGUAAGCGUUUCAUGGAGGACGAUGCCGGCAACGAUUCUUCGAUCUGCUGCUUGGCCACCAACGCCAAGCAGGAGAAUUCGUCGGUGCAUCCUACGGGGCAUGAAAGCAGAUUCAAGGAGUUGUCCCAAGAUGCCACAAAGGAGAAGCAAACGAUCGUGGAGCACAGCGUUGUAUGGAAAAACUUGCCUUUGGAGAUGUCUGGUGUUGUCUUGGAUCACGGUGAUCCCAUCAGCGUGAUUCGGUUCCGUUCGGUUUGUAAGGACUGGGCGAAGGGUGCCAAGAUCAAUAAUCACAACCGCCUUCCAUUGGGUACUCCGGCGUUGAUUACGUCUGGUCUGCGCCCGGAAAGAGUUGACGUAGACAACGAAGACGAGCAUGGUGGUUUCAGCCUUCACGACAUCGGUUGCCCGAAAAGAGACGUAGACAAUGAAGACGAGCAUGGUGGUUUCGGCCUUCACGACGUAGUCAACAAAUCUUACUACGGUGAUUGCAACGGGUUGAAGAAUCGGGCUUGGGUAGGCGGCAAAGACGACUGGUUGGUCACCACAGACUUAAGGUGCAAUCUUGAACUUCUCAACCUGAUUACUGGUAGUCGAAUUGCAUUGCCGUCGUUCGCAACGAUUCCUGGAAUACAUGUCGUGCCUGUCCAUUCUCGACAUCCUGGUGUGUGCUUGAAUAGCCUGUUUGAACUUGGACUUGGCGGCCAACCGCCAUCCGAUGAUUGGUUGCCUGAUGUUAUGUUACGGAAGGUUGCAUUAUGCCAGACACCAAGACAUGAACAUGGCGGCAAGGCCGUCGCUCUAUUAUCGGCGUACCCGUUGCAGAUGGUUGCUGUCACAGCGGUACCCGAUGUGCGACUAACCCCAACAAUAUGGAUUCGAUUGAAGAAUCCAGAAGAAAGUAUACUACGUAGAUACACUGAUGUCUGUAUAAUCCAUGGCAAGGUGAUGGCUGUGACUGAUGAUGGUGAUGUCUGGUCUUGGAAGUUGGAAGACGGCGCUGAUGCCGACCCCGUAGUGAUAGAUGGUCCGCUUGUGGUUAUUGACCGAGAUAUUGAUGAUUCUGUAUUUUACCUGGCCAAAUGCAAACGCGACUUAUAUCUUCAAGUCGUUUGUAUGUAUGGCGAGAAAGAUCAUCCAGGAUUCGAAGAAGAACGGUUGAAUCGAGUUGUUCGGCCACACUACAGUUUCAUUCCACGUCGCUGCAUCGUCUUCCAGCAGGACAUUGUGACAAAGAGAUGGGAAACAAUGCAGAAUCUUGGUGAUGGUUGUUACUCGCUUUUCGUAGGAGCCAACUAUCCUUACUGCCUCGACGUUCUUGCAACCAUGACUGUUUUAGCAGCUGAUGGUGGUGAUAUAUACAUGUGUGCUUAUCUUCCCAUGCCUAGGGUUCCCGGGAGCACCGAGGAACUGGUAGCAAGCUACCACCGCUACUCGGAGGAGAAGGACUACAAGGAGCCCCCGCCGGCGCCGCUGUUCGAGGCGGAGGGUGAACUAAACAAGCCCUGCUGUUUAAGAAAAGGUGUUCCCUACCUACAGACGCGGAAGCUCUACGUACAGGAAUUCAAUGCAGUUCUGGAUACCUACAUUGACCAAUGUUCGCUUUUGUUGGAUGCCAUGGCAUGUUGUUGUUUCCUGCGUGUUUCUGUUUCCUAG